AACCCCGUGGGUUUUCAAUGGAAAUGUUGAUACCCCGCCCGUGUAGGCUUGCGUGUGAUACAAAACUAUCGAACUAAACAUUUCCCGCGCGAUAUUGCUUUUUGUGGAGUUUAACAACGCCAUAACAGCAAAAAACCGUAAAAUGGCAGAUAUGGUGGGUAUACUGGAUGUCCCGAAAUCCCGAGUAACCUGCGAUAUGUUGUCGCAGCACAUAGGCAAACCGGUCUGCUUUGUUGGGCGUGUUGAAAAGGUUCACCCAACAGGAAAAACGUUCACCGUCUCGGAUGGAGAAGGGAAGAUCGCAACGGUUGAACUUGUGUGUGUUCUUGACGAGGAGCUGAGCGGUGUUGUGGAGGUCAUCGGCAUGGUGACCAACAAAGGAGCCAUAAUGGCCAGCACGUACAACAUGCUGCGAGAGGACAAGGGCAUUCCUUUUGAUUUAGAGCUGUAUGCUGAAGCCCUGAAAGUCAUCAAUGAGUUCCCCCAGUACUACCCUUUUGAAGUGGCUGCAAGUGGAUGAGGCUCCCCAGGUCAACAUGUGGCCACUAAAGAUUCUCUUCGUUCACUGGCCAUUGUUUGUUUCAUGUGGCCCUGUUUUGUUGAGUAAAAAUUUGAUUUGUACAAAAGAAAAUCUGUAAUAUUAAGUCAUUUUUGUUGGUAAAAUAAAAUGUGUAAAGACCAAA